GGGGCGGAAGCGGAAGCGGAAGCGGCGGCUCGGAUCAGUGCGGCCCGCGGCGUCGGCAGGGGAAGGCGGGUGCAGCAGGCGCAGUCCCGGCCGUUAGCGAGUCCGCCCGCAGCCGCCAGCAUGCCGAGGGGCAGCCGGAGCCGCACGUCCCGCAUGGCGGCCCCGGCCAGUCGUGCACCGCAAAUGAGAGCAGCACCCCCACCCCCUGCAGCUCGUGCUCCAGUACCAGCACCUGCCCCUGCAUCUGCAGUGACUUCUGCUGCUGCACCAAGGCAGCCUGGUCUGAUGGCACAGAUGGCUACAACAGCUGCAGGAGUAGCAGUAGGCUCAGCUGUAGGACACACACUAGGUCAUGCCAUGACAGGAGGAUUUGGUGGAGGAAGUGGCUCUGAAGCUGCAAGGCCUGACAUUACUUACCAGGAGCCUCAAGCAGCCCAGGCUGCAUAUCAGCAGCAGUCCCAGUAUCCGCCCUGCCAGUACGAAAUGAAGCAGUUUUUGGAGUGUGCACAGAACCAGAGUGACCUCAAGCUGUGUGAGGGUUUCAGUGAGGUGUUGAAGCAAUGCAGGUUUGCUAAUGGUUUAUCCUAAUCAAGUUCUACAGAAUGAAGAAGCUGAAAAUGAGCAUCCAAAGAUCUAAAAUUGAAAGAUGCUUCAGUAGCUUUAGACCUUAAGUUUACUAUCUGUAAUACCUUGUUAGUUCAUAUAUUCACAACUGAAUGUCCAAACCUUGACACAACUUAAAGGGUCCUUUAGAGUUUUCUGCCACAUUGAUAAACAUGCUGGAUUGUAACAGGAUAGUUCUAAACUAGAGAUCAGGGGAGGGAGUUGAAAUAUUUUGCCCAUCUUCAGAAUCUUAUACAAGGGGCCUAAUCAAAACUAGUUCUGCUUAUUACAUUGCUGUUUAAAUGUGAGACUAAAUAAAAUUCUCAAUGUUU